UCCGGGCGGGCAGCCGCGCGGAGGCGCACCGAGGGCUGGAACUGGCGAGGGAGGGGUCCGCGGACCUCCGGCGGCUGGGCUGGAAAUGGGGCGGAGGGCCUUGAGGUUCCCACGUCAGGGCUAGGAGGAGCCCGCGAGUUACCUAGGGGUUCUGUGGGGGCUGCCCGGUGACUGUCGAAGAUGCCAUACCUUGGCUCCGAGGACGUGGUGAAGGAGCUCAAGAAGGCUCUGUGUAACCCUCACGUCCAGGCCGACAGGCUGCGCUACCGGAAUGUCAUCCAGCGAGUGAUUAGGCACAUGACUCAGGGCUUGGACAUGUCUGGUGUCUUCAUGGAAAUGGUGAAGGCCAGUGCCACCGUAGAUAUUGUUCAGAAGAAGCUGGUUUAUCUUUACAUGUGUACAUAUGCCCCCCUGAAACCAGAUCUGGCGCUCUUGGCCAUUAAUACGCUGUGCAAAGACUGUUCGGACCCCAAUCCAAUGGUGCGAGGGCUGGCACUACGAAGCAUGUGUAGUCUCAGGAUGCCUGGUGUGCAGGAAUAUAUCCAACAGCCCAUUCUCAAUGGUCUGCGAGAUAAAGCUUCAUAUGUCAGGAGGGUGGCAGUUCUUGGUUGUGCCAAGAUGCAUAAUCUUCAUGGAGACUCUGAAGUGGACGGUGCUCUGGUAAAUGAAUUAUACAGUUUGCUGCGUGACCAGGAUCCAAUUGUGGUUGUGAACUGCCUGAGGUCUCUAGAGGAAAUUCUGAAACAGGAAGGAGGCGUUGUCAUCAACAAGCCCAUCGCCCACCAUCUCUUAAAUCGAAUGCCAAAACUGGACCAGUGGGGCCAGGCGGAAGUAUUGAACUUUCUGCUACGCUAUCAACCGCGCAGUGAGGAAGAGCUGUUUGACAUUCUCAAUCUGCUAGAUAGCUUUCUCAAGAGCAGUAGCCCCGGUGUGGUGAUGGGAGCCACGAAACUCUUUCUCAUCUUGGCAAAAAAAUUCCCCCAUGUACAGACGGAUGUGCUCGUGCAAGUCAAGGGCCCUCUGCUGGCUGCCUGUUCUUCGGAGAGCCGCGAGCUCUGUUUUGCUGCCCUGUGUCAUGUGCGUCAGAUCUUGCACAGUUUGCCUGGGCACUUUAGCAGCCACUACAAAAAGUUUUUUUGCUCCUACUCGGAGCCCCACUACAUCAAGCUGCAGAAGGUGGAGGUGCUGUGCGAGCUGGUGAACGACGAGAACGUACAGCAGGUGCUAGAGGAGCUCCGAGGGUACUGUACUGACGUGUCAGCCGACUUUGCCCAGGCCGCCAUCUUUGCCAUAGGUGGGAUUGCCAGGACCUACACAGACCAGUGUGUGCAGAUUCUAACAGAGUUGCUGGGGCUUCGGCAAGAGCACAUUACCACGGUGGUGGUGCAAACUUUCCGAGACCUGGUUUGGUUGUGUCCUCAGUGUACGGAAGCUGUGUGUCAGGCCCUGCCCGGCUGCGAGGAGAACAUUCAAGACAGUGAGGGGAAACAGGCGCUUAUUUGGCUCCUUGGUGUCCAUGGGGAGAGAAUCCCCAAUGCUCCGUAUGUGUUGGAAGACUUUGUGGAGAACGUGAAGUCAGAGACUUUUCCAGCUGUGAAGAUGGAGCUACUCACUGCAUUGCUGCGCCUUUUCCUCUCCCGGCCUGCCGAGUGCCAGGACAUGCUGGGGCGUCUGUUACAUUACUGCAUAGAGGAAGAAAAGGAUAUGGCAGUACGAGACCGGGGCCUCUUCUAUUAUCGCCUUCUCUUAGCUGGCAUUGAUGGAGUGAAGCAGAUCCUGUGUAGUCCUAAAUCUGACCCUUCUCUUGGACUUUUGGAGGAUCAGGCAGAAAGACCUGUGAAUAGCUGGGCCUCAGACUUCAACACGCUGGUGCCAGUCUAUGGCAAAGCCCGCUGGGCAACCAUCUCUAAAUACCAGGGGCCAGAACGUCGGGGCCCGGAGCUUCCUAACGCUGCAUCCUUUGCCACUUCAGGUCCCCUGAUUCCUGAAGAGAGCAAGGAAACGGUUCAGGAACUUCCUGAUUCUGGAGCCCUCAUGCUAGUCCCCAAUAGCCAGCUGACUGCUGAGUAUUUUGAGAAAACUUGGUUUAGCCUGAAAGUUGCUCAUCAGCAGGUGUUCCCUUGGCGGGGAGCCGUCCAUCCCGACACCCUCCAGAUGGCCCUACAAGUAGUGAACAUCCAGACCAUCGCAAUGAGCAGGGCUGGGGCUCAGCCGUGGAAAGCCUACCUCAGUGCCCAGGAUGACACUGGCUGCCUCUUCCUAACAGAACUGCUCUUGGAGCCUGAGAACUCUGAAAUGCAGAUCUCUGUGAAACAAAACGAGCCAAGGACUGAGACACUUAAUAGUUUUAUUUCUGUAUUAGAAACUGUGCUUGGAACAAUUGGAGACAUAAAAUCAUAACAGAUUCUUGCUGCUUGUCCUAGGUGAGAUGAGUAGCUAUCAGAAUUCCUAGUUUUUUAUUAGAAUUUGCUUUUAAAUCCAGACGCUAUCAAAUACAAAGGAGAAUGGACAAUCUCAGAAUCAGGGUUUUUAUGUUUUUGUCCAAAGACGAUUGACUUAUUCCUCUCAUACCUAUAGGUUAAUGACCCCAUUUUCUAGGUGAUGUUGAAAGGUUAAUGUUGGUAAGGGGAUGGGGAGAGACUGAGGAUAGGAUUUGGAUUCUUUUCUAAUCCAUUAUACGGUUUUACUAAAGAUGCCUGAUGUUUACGGAAACUGAUAAAGUCAUCAUUUGUGGGGAUCAUCUUUUCUUCCCUGUAUUACUGCAAUAAAUUCCUCACUGGUCUCCUGUUUCUAAUCAUGCUUUUCAAGGCCAGAGUCCAAAGUCUUUAGUGCGGCAUCAGAAGUAACUCUUCAGUGUCCUGUCUCACUGCUUGCCUGAACACCCUGUUCUUGCAUUGGCAAAUGACUUGGCAUUCCUUGAAUGCACAAGGCUCUCUCUCACCUCUGUGCUUUGCUCCUGCUUUUAUUGCUUGGCUAGAAUGUUUCCUCACCCUCAUAUCUUCUUUCUUUAGGUAACAUCUAGUCCUUGUCUCUCAGCGUUCCGCUCAGUCACGAGCCCUUGCAGGAAGUUUUCUGUGACCCCGGUUGCUUUCAUUACAGGUUCUGUCAGGCUGUCAUGGCCUCCAGUGCGUGUGUCUAGCAGGACAGUUGUAAUUGUUUUCUGUCACUCUUUCUUUCUUUCAGUUUUAUUCAUACCUGCCCACAUUUUCUACAUUAACUGAGGCAACUUAUGGCGAGAGCAGAUGCCAUAGGAUGGUUUAAAGUAUAAAUAGUAAAGUAUAAAUAACCAGAGGAUCCACAACAGGGAAGAUGAAAAUACCAUCUCAGACCAGCUUAGUUAGGGAUGGGGAAGUACACAAAUGUUCAGGCUUAAGGGCCAACAUAAUUGGUACAGUUGAGCCUCAAAUUUAGCUCUAAGUGAUUUGGCUGAAUGAAGAGAAAUAAGUAUAAAGUCGUCAUUAGAGAGGAAGAAACCUUCCAAUAUUAAUUUCCAAAAGAAAUUUACAUGUAGUUUCACAUAGGUGACAUGGGGAAAAGUACAAGAUUCUUAUGGGAAGUCAGUAAUGGGUUUCUCAUCACUUACGGUGUUCUUCAGUGAAAGAGAGCAUGACUUUAACAUGGACCUUAGUGAGCGCAUUUCUUCAAGGGCUUAAGAUAACACAAUCUAAAUAUCUAGAUUCAAGGACUUCUACCACGUAGAUACGUAAAUGGACUGCAUACCUUUAAGUUUUUCAGCCAUCACUUCUCUCAAUUAGGCUCUUAAUAAGAGUAAGUAACUGAUUUUUCUGGCAAGGCCCUGGAUUUUGUGCGUUGUUUUCCCACCUGGACAGUUUCUAAGGACGGUGAUGUUCUUUCCUUCCAUCUCCACAGUCUGCCAUAUAACGAUGACUCAGUAAAUAUUUACCAAA